AAAUUAUUUAGAAGGAUAAACGAAAGAAGUUCUUGAUUGUGAGUGCACAGUGAGAAAACAGUAUGUCACAAAGUAAUUCUGCAUAAUAACAGAAAUAUUUUUGGUACAGCGAGUAAAAAUAUAUAAGAAUGUAAUUUGGCUCGUGAUUUAAAAUUCAUUAAGUAGUGUUUUCAUACAUGUUUAGACUGAAGAAAUACGAGACCGUAGAAAAACUGAAUCUAAUUAAAACGGUUAUUACACAAGAAUGUUUAUAACGAUAUUAUUACUUAUUUUUAUUGUGUAUUUGGUAUAUCAUUAUUACGUGCAAUAUGGACCAAAGGGACAAUUAAUCAAUAAAAUACCAGGACCAUCAGGUUAUCCAAUUAUUGGUAAUCUAUUUCUAGUGAUAGGUUCAAGAGAGGGUCUUGUUGAUAUUGUAAUGUCUUUAAGUGAUGAAUAUUAUCCAAUUUGGAAAAUACGAGGUUUUUUUGAGUCCAUGAUAACUAUUCGUCAUCCCGAUGAUUUUGAGGUAAUAUUAAGCAGUAUGAGGCACAUCGAUAAAAGUAGAAUGUAUGAUAUAUUUCAUCCUUGGCUUGGCACAGGUCUUCUUACUAGUAAAGGCUCCAAAUGGCAAACACGGCGAAAGAUAUUAACUCCAACAUUUCAUUUUAAUAUAUUACAGCAAUUUGUUGAAAUUUUAAUCGAGGAGGGCGAGUAUAUGUCAAGAUCUUUGAAAAAUGCGGAAGACAUUGUUACAAAAAAUUUAGUACCGUUUAUUAGUAAACAUACAUUAAACGCAAUAUGUGAAACUGCCAUGGGCACUUCUCUACAAGGAAAGAGUGAUUUUCAGCAACAAUAUCGAAAAGCGGUUCAUGAAAUGGGUGAAAUUUUUAUUUAUAGAUUAGUGAGACAGUGGUUGAAAGAUGACUGGAUAUUCGCGUUAACGCAGAAAGGUAGAAAACAGAAAAAGAUUCUAAAGAUAUUACAUGGAUUUACUGAAAAGAUUAUUGCAGAAAGGAAAGAUUAUCAUAAACAUACCAAUGGGCAAUAUUUGAAAAAUCUUGGUGAAAAUAUAGUAGCAGAUGAUGCAGGAACUACUGGAUAUAAAAGAAAACGGGUAGCUAUGUUGGACCUCUUAAUACAGGAAUCUCAAAAAGGUCUUUUAACUGAUAUGGAUAUUAGAGAGGAAGUCGAUACUUUUGUGUUAGAGGGUCAUGAUACUACAGCGAUGGGUAUAACUUUUGCUUUAGCAUUACUAGCUGAACACAAAGAUGUCCAGGAUUAUGUCAGAAAAGAAGUCAAUGCUAUUAUGCAAGAAAAUCAAGGAAAACUUACCAUGAAAUCGUUGCAAGUUCUACCGUAUUUAGAGAGAUGCAUAAAAGAAGCAUUGCGUUUAUAUCCAAGUGUUUAUGUAAUAUCACGACUUACUUCACAAGAAGCACAAUUAAAAUCACAUUUAUUACCUCCCCAAACAUUAGUGCUUCUUAAUAUCUACUCAGCCCACAGAGAUCCUAAUUUUUGGCCAAAUCCAGAUAUAUUUGAUCCAGAUAGAUUUUUACCUGAGAAUAUCCGAAAUCGUCAUCCUUACUCAUAUAUACCAUUCAGUGCUGGACCGCGUAAUUGCAUCGGUCAACGGUUUGCUUUGCUGGAGAUGAAAGCGAUGAUAGCUCCUUUGAUUCAUAAUUUUUAUCUAGAGCCCAUUGAUUACUUAAAAGAUUUAAAAAUAUACGCUGAUUUUGUACUUCGUCCUGCUCAUCCGCAUCGUAUAAAAUUUAUCCCAAUUAUCACAGAAGGCAUAUAAGCGUUUAAAAAUAAUUCCAAAAAGUGACUAUUGUAGUGUUUAGAAAAAAUAAAGAAUAUUAUGUAUAUAUUAUUAAUAAGAAAUAAAUCUAAUCUACAAUAAUAAAAAAUAUCGAUAAAUCAGACUGGUAAUAUACAAACAGAUUAAUGACCGGCAGUGGAAAAUAUUGGGUUAUUAAAUUUGAUUCUUACAUUACAUUUACCCCAUGAGGUUCAACAGAAAUUAGCUAUCAUAUUUGCAAAAUGUGAACCAAUGUAAUAAUUUGAAUGAUAAUACACUGAUACCGAUCAA